AGACAGAGAGAGAGACAGAGAAAGAGAAAGAGAGAGAGAGAAAGAGAGAGAGAGAGAGAGAGAGAGAGAGAGAGAGAGAGAGGCUGACUGAGGAAAGAAAAGGGGUGGGGACGACAGAGGGUGAUUGCAGGAAAGUUUUGCUUCGUAGCAACAAGUUGGAGAAACUCAACAAACUGCAACAAAAUCCUCAGCUAGCUCGACAGCAAAGCAAACAGCGUGGGACUGAACACACACUCCCACUCCCACACAGGUUGAGGAGAGAGAGCAGAGCUUUAUUCCACAGUGUGUGUGUUAGCUAGCACAUUAGCCAGCCACGUUAGCAAUGUGUGAGGACGCAGUCCAAGCAGAGAGGAACAGCAUGGUGAGCAGCACCCACGAGAGCCAGGACCUGAUGGUCCCCAGCCUCGACCAACCCUCCCCCAGUCACAGCCUCUCCCAGCUGGGCACAGGAGCUCCUGGAGGAACCAUCACCAAGGAGGGGCCACUAAGCCCAACACUGACCCCAGGGACGGGCCCGGUUAACGCCAUCACGGUGCUGACCCUCCUGGACAAACUGGUCAACAUGCUGGACACGGUUCAGGAGAACCAGCACAAGAUGGAGGAGCGUCAGGUGGAGAUGGAGGGAGCGGUGAUGGGGAUCCAGACAGACAUGACAAAGCUGUCCAAGAGCCACACACACACCGCCAACACCGUAAGCAAGCUGCUGGACAAGAGCCGCAAGGUGUCCGUCACCAUGAAGGAGGUGCGCGACAGGAUGGAGCGACAGGCUGGACAGGUGAAGAAGCUGGAGGCAAAUCACUCCCACCUGCUCAAGAGGGACAACUUCAAAGUGCUCAUAUUCCAGGAGGAGAAUGAAAUCCCAACCAGUGUGUUUGUCAAGGAUACUGUUCCUUUCCCCCGUGAAGCUGAGGAGGGGGAGGAGCCCACCGCUGUCAUCGACGCCAACCGCUCCACGGAGGAGGGGCUUCACACCAUCGACCUAUCCUCGGACGAGGACGUAGGGCUGGAGGCGGACCUGGACGAGGUGGGAGAUGACGUAUACGAGAUGGCCGGAGAGCACACAGACAAAUCCCGCACGGAUAAGUUUAAACGCUCUAGUCUAAAGAAGGUGGACAGUCUGAAGAGGGCCUUCUCCAAAGCGAAUAUAGAGAAGAAGAUGAACAAGAUUGUGUCACAGGAGAAACGAGAGAAGAUGAAGAAGAGCCUGACACCCAACCACCCAAAGAGUUCCUCCUUCAAAGUGUCCCCUCUCACGUUCAGCAUCAAGAAGAAUCGUAAGUCUGAGGGCCAACCUGAAGCUGAAGCAGAGGUGGAGGCCUCAUCCCAGACCGGGGUCUCGCCUACUGCCGUGGCCUCCAUUGAGAUCUCCCCGCUGGCCAGCCCUGAUGAGGAGGUCCUCUUCACCGAGGUGCACUCCCAACUGGCUCCAGGGCUGGAGGAGUCCAAGGCUGAGGCUUUGGAGAUGGAAGAGGUGGCUGUCAGUGAAGUUCCAGAAUCUGACGAAAUUCCAGAAUCCAACGGUUUUUCUGAUUCCAAACCGUUCCUAGAAUCCGACGUUCCUGAGGCGGAUGUGGAUCUGUCGGUUAUGACGGAGGGAGUGAGGGAGGAGUACACUCUCUCUGCCACGCUCCCGCAUGAUGCCUUCCACUCUAUCUCGCCCUUCGAUGAGGAAGACAGGGAGGAGAAAGUGCAGAGGGAGAAAGAGUAGAAGGAAGGAGAGAAAGAGUAGGAGAAGGAAGGAGAGAAAAAGCAGAAGGAAGGAAGGCCCAGCUGUCAAAGUCCCCUAAAACACACACACACAAAAUAAAUACACAUAUACCUAUUCCCUAAAAUACUUCCCCAUUCCCACUCCCACACUCUGCCCAUCAUCCUCUAAAAAACUCAGACAGACCCUCUGUUCAAAAACACACACCCACACACACACAAUUACAGUUCAUGUCUGUGUGUCUUCCUGUAUGUCAUUGUGUGCAAUCUAUGUGCUUGCAUGUGUGUGUGUGUGUGUGUGUGUGUGUGCGUGCGUGCGUGCGUGUGUGUGUGUGUGUCAGGGGCAGAUGUCUGUUUCACAUGUGAAAAAGGAUGAUGAAGUUGUUAAAAAGGUAUAAUUAUCUUCUUAUGCUACUGCUUAAAGUUUAAACCUAAACCUAUAUUUGUGUAUGUAAGAUGAUAACUUUGUUUGACCUAAUAGAUACAAUUCAAGCCAAUCAGUACAAUACUUGUCACAAUACUAGUUACAGAUAACGUGAUCUAACCAAAGAUUGGCGAUACUGUCUUCCAUCUUGAUUCUGGGAAACAGUUAUUUUAGAAAGGCUUCUAUCCAAUGGCAGGUGGUUCUAUAAAAAACACUGAAAACUCAGAUAGUAAAUCCAUGUUUCGUACCACGCAAGGAGGAUCCUCGCCAUCUUAGCUACAUCUAGAAUUUCCCAGCAUCUUCGACAGAACUAGUCAUUUCUAUGCGAAGCGGCCACGGCCAGACAGUGUGUCACGUUAAAACAAAGCUCUACACACAUUGAUACAUAACAUGGAUUUACUAUCUUUCUGAGGUUUCUCUGCUGUUUGUAGAACCACCUGCCACUGGACAUGGACAUUUAUAAGAUAACUGCUUUCCAGAAUUGAGAACAAAGAGAGUAUCGCCAAUACCAGGUUAAUUGAAGAAUCUAUAGCAGCGUUUUGUAUCGGCAAAUCUGUAACUCCCAGUAAUGGAUACCAAAACUCUUUGGUUAUAUCACAUUAUCUGGUGUACAAUCUGUAGCUAUCAUCAUUUAUGAUCCUCGAAUAUCUUAGUACUGUAUCAUCUCUCAGUGAAUGUAUAGAAAACAUAGAGAGAUAUAGCAUGGCAACAGUUGAUAAUAAAACAUUAUAAGGCUUCAUACCACAGGGUCGUGGCACCUCCAUUGGGGAGGACGGCCUCCUGGUAAUGUCUGGAGCAGAAUAAGUGGAUUAGUAUCAAAUCCAUCAAUGCCAUUCCGUUCACUCCGUUCCAGCCAUUACAAUGAGUCGUCCUCCCCUCAGCAGCCUCCCCUGGUUCAUACAUAAUGUACAACAGGUAAUAUUGCAUUAUUGUAUAUCUGUCGGCUUCAAGUAAAGUGUUAGUGAAGUAGUCUAUGUCGUCUUCUCUUAAUCCACUGGUGCCAAAGAAACUCCUCUUCAAUAUAUCGUCCAGAUUGUUAAAACUGUGAUUGUCAUGUUUCUUGCUCUUAUAUAAAAAAAGAAGCUAUCUCCAGAAUCCUUAGAAUUCUAAAUAAAAACAUUGAAACUGUC